AUGACCCCCUGCCUGAUGGGCAGAUUUUACACCACCACUACCAUAUGCAGGGCCAUCUGGCAGCGGGACGCGGCCUUGGCCCAGACGACCAUUGACACUACGGAGUUCGGGGCCUCCCAUGUGCUCGUCGGUGAGACUGGCGUGGUGGUGCGCGACCCCGAGGCUUUCUUGAACGAGUCGGUGCUCCUCCACGCUCAGUGGCACGAGCGACUACAGAGCCUCGGGGCCCAGCGCGCAGAGCUGGGCCGCCGGCCCCGGCCCUUCGGCACCGCAAGUGCGGAAACUUCAGCGCGUUGCCAGCCGGCGCGCACGGCUAUGGGCGCCAUCCCGCCGACGCCUGCGCCUUGCCGGCAUUCGCGCGGACUUCCCUGGCAAUCAGGGUGA